UUAUGACCGCCCAGCACAGGUGAAACGAGGUCGGGCCAAUCCGGCGCACUCGGGCUGGCAUAAAGGAACCAGAUGGGUUGGAUAUCCUCCAUAUCCUCCGAAUUGAGAGUCGAGCCAAGAUGACACCGAUUUCCACUCCAACCACCAUGCACCGGAGUUAAGCGCAAAGCCGGAAUCCGUGUCGGCGUCCGUUCUUUGUUCCGCUCCCUCCUCCUCUUUGUGCCUACUUAUUGCCGCUCAUCUUUGCGUCACAACCUUGACCAAAUCAAGUCUCCGCAUCACCAUAAUGUCCAAGAUUCUCGUUGUUGUAGGCGCGACAGGCCAGCAAGGCGGUUCCAUUGUCGACACCGUCCUCGCCGACCCGGAACUAGGCCAGGAGUACACCAUCCGAGGCACCACCCGCGAUCCCUCCAGUUCCAGCGCAAAAGCACUGGCCGCCAAAGGUGUCGAAAUUGUCUCCGCCGAUUUCUCCGACCCGGAAUCCCUCCAGCGCGCCUUUACCGGAGCCCACGUUGUCUUCGGAAACACGACCACCAUUUACGAUGGCCACACGUACGAGCACGAAGUCAACCACGGCCGCGCUCUGGUAGAUGCUGCGGUCGCAGUGGGCGUCCCUUUCUAUAUCUACUCGUCCUUACCCAACAUCUCCAAGAACUCCAACAGGGCACUCAAGUGGGGCGGCCAUUUCGACGGCAAAGAAGAAGUCGAGCAAUACAUCCGCAGCCUACCCAUCCGAAGCGCCUUUAUCGCGCCCGGGUCAUUCAUGUCGAACUUCCACCAGACCAUGACACCGCGUGCGAUGGGCGAUGGCACGUACGCGCUGGCCUCAUUCGUGACGCCAGAAACGCAGUUGCCACUGAUCAACACGGCAGGCGACACGGGUAAAUGGGUGGCGGCCAUUCUGGCCGAUUUUGCCAAGUACGAAGGCAAGGUGUUGUGCUGUGCUACUGCACUGUAUAGCUUUACGGAGAUUGCCGAGACGAUGAGCCGGGUGUCGGGCAAGACGGUGGUUUAUCGCCAGCUGCCGGAGGAGAUAUGGCGGGGUUUCUUGCCACCACUCAUGGUGGACUAUAUUGCGGAUAUGUUGAAGUCGUUCCAGGAUUAUGGGUAUUAUGGUGAGGGGACGGAGGAGAAGGUGCGGUGGUCGGCGGAGCAGGCAAGGGGAGAGUUGACUACCUUGGAGGGGUAUUUGCAGGCACAUUCAUUGAGUCUGAAGUGAUUGACUGGACUGCGGUACACGAGAUGGGAUGAGCUAUCAUGGCCCAACCCAUACCAAGUGUAGGGAUAACCUGAGAACAACCCUCCACUGCUCAUUGAAAUUCACUACAAGGAUCGUCAAUCACAUCCCA